GUGAGAUCGAGCGUCAGUUGAUUUUGUAAAACAGCCAUGUUGGGUUGUCAAUCGAAAAAUAGUGUUUACACGUAAAAAUCUUUAAACAAUAAGUGUUUGUGCCGUUCAGUGUUUCUUAAAUUUGGAUUAACAUGACGUCCGCCGUGGAGAGCCCGAAUUGGGGCACCGAACUUUGGGAUCAAUACGACAAUCUUUCAACGCAUACACUGAAGGGCAUCGAAUUUUUAGAAAAAUACGGUCAUUUCGUCAGAGAUCGAGCCCUGAUAGAGUCGGAAUAUGCUUCGAAAUUAAGGCGACUGGUGAAAAGCUACCAACCCAAAAAGAAAGACGAGGAGGAUUACCAAUUCACGUCGUGCAAAGCUUUCAAAGCCCUCAUGAAUGAAAUCAACGAUCUUGCCGGUCAGCAUGAAGUCGUCGCUGAAGAUUUACAAGCCUAUGUGAUAAAAGAACUAACAGUUUUAGUUAAGGACCUACGAGAGGAAAGAAAAAAACAAUUACAAGAAGGCCAGAAACUGCAGCAACAGCUACAAACGCAAAUCGAAAAUUUACAGAGAGCGAAGAAGGCUUACGAAAAAGCGUUCAAAGAAGCUGAAAAGGCGAUUGAAGGCUUUCAAAAGGCGGAUGCAGACUUCAAUUUAUCGAGAGCCGAGGUAGAGAAACACAGAACGAACAUGGCGCACAAAACGCAGGCCUGCGACCAUGCGAAAAACGAGUACGCUGUCCAGCUCCAACAAACCAACCAAUUGCAAACGCAGCAUUUUCUCUCUGGUCUUCCGGAAGUCUUCAGGCGUUUACAAGACAUGGACGAAAAACGUAUUAAAAACAUCAAGAAUUUCAUCAGGAGCUCGGUGAAGAUCGAAAGAAACGUAUUUCCUAUCAUCAACAAGUGUCUGGAUGGGAUUUUGAAAGCUUCCAACGUUAUAAAUGAAAAAGAGGAUACGCUUUUGGUGAUAGAAAAAUUCAAAUCGGGUUUUCAACCUCCUGACGACUUCCCCUUCGAAGAUCUGUCAAAAGGUGGCAGUGAUUCAGGCAGUUCGAACAACAUAAACAAUAUACAGGUCGGGGGUAAAAUUAAAGAAGGCGGUUAUACAGUGAAAGGCACCAUCACAGGCAAGGCUAUGAAGAAGAGAGCUGGAAUAUUUAAUAUUUUCGGAAGCAGAGGGCUUACAGAUGUCUGUAUGGCCAUAAAGAACGCUACUGUUGCUGACGGAAAGGAGGACUUGAGCGAUCUACCGCCCAAUCAGCGACGGAAAAAGCUACAGCAGAAAGUAGAAGAACUGAAGAACAAAAUUAGCCAAGAAGUGGCAGCCAGGGACGCUCUGAUGAAGAUGAAAACGGUUUACGAAGACAAUCCAGCACUGGGCGAUCCCCGUAGCAUAGAAACUCAACUCAAUGAAUGCGGUCACAGGUUAGAAAAACUACAUCAAGAACUAUUAAGGUAUCAAGGGUAUCUGGAAGACGCAAAUAAAGCUAUACAGUCAGGUGGACAUAACAAUUCAGUAACAGGAAGUCCGCGUCUACUAAAUGGUGGACCUCGUAGUCAUAGGAAUAGUGUGAGUGCAACUGAAGAUAGUCUGAGCAGAUCAGCAAGUGAUAGUAGCGUAACGAAUCCGACUUUAAAUCAUAACAAAAGGAGUGCCCCAGGCACUCCACAAUUAAACCAUGGUUGUUCAAACAGUCCCGAAAGUGGCCUGGGCACGUCGCACACGUCGCUGCACGCGGCCGACUCUGAUCCAGACCAAGACCACUACGACGGCAACCACCACGACGCGGACCGGACGGACGGCGAUGGGGACGAUUACGAACCGGUGCCGGCCAUCGGAUACUGCAGGGCGCUGUACGCGUUCCAAGGUAAGGAUGCUUCCAGUGAGGGGAGCAUACCCAUCGCCCAAGAUGAAGAGCUCCAUUUGAUAGAAUUAGACCAAGGCGAUGGCUGGACCAGAGUAAGAAGAUUGGAAGGAGAAUUCGAUGAAGGUUUCGUACCGACAUCUUACAUAGAGACUACGCUAUUCAAUACUUAGAAAAACUACUGUGCAUUUCUGUUAAAGUGUUUUCAUUAACUGCUUGAAUGUUCGCAGCGCGUCAUUUAGUGAAAUCAAUUUCAUUCGGUUUUCAGUUAAUUUUUUGAAAUACUAUCUAUAGUGAACAAUCUACAUAAAUAAUUCUUCAUCUAAAUAGGACUAAGUGUGAUGAGAUUAGAGUGGAUGAAUGUUCUCUGCACAAAGAUAACUAACACCAUUUUCGGUUAGACAAGUAUUCUUUUUUGUGAUAUAGUUCACAGUUUUUAUUGGACAUUCGUUUUGCAAUAUAUUUUAGAUAGUUUAUAUAUAUUUAUCACAGAUGUUAGAUGUUUUAUACCAGACAAUUUAUUUUACAAAACACUUUUAUGAGCACCUAUUUAAGAGAGACCUUGUUCAAAUAAAUAUUUGAAAUUUACUGAAGAAACUUUAAAUAUCUUUGAGAUUCUUCUCCACAUUAUUCUUGUCAAAUAAAAUGUCAGAUAUAAAACCGCUAAUAAUGGGACAAGAUGUGUAAUGAUUACCAGUAGUAUGUAAUUAAACCAACAUCAUACUAUUCCAACCAUAGUAGAUAGAACUGUAUAGAGUAGGUUGUGAAGACUUUUCUUAAGGAAGAUUCGUUUUUAGUAAGUGUUAACAUCUUGUCCGUAUCUAACCUGUUAAUGUAGUAAACAAUCAAAUGUAAAAUUAAGUAUUUUUGUUAUUAUUUCCUUCCAAGAUUUGUCUGUUCAGUUUUUUGGGUCUAAACAAUUCAGAAAAAAAAUCUUUUUAUUUAAAUGAUGAAAACGUUAACUGAAAAUAGCUACUUUCCAUUUUUACAAUUUCUUCUCUUCACGAUUAUAGUAAAUAACAGUGAUUAAAAACUCUCUAAGAAGUAUAGCAACAAAUUUAGCGAGAUCGUGAAGGGGUUUCAAUAUGGCUGACUUCUGGUCAUCGAAUGAAUAUGUAAACACUAGUAGUUAUGUCCCUCCUUUAAUAUAUGUAUAUAAAAAUAGUAUUUGAAACAAUAUACUUAAAUAUACUUCAAAACUUCAACUUAUGGACUUAAAAUCAUCUAAACAAGUUAAAUGGGGAGUAGCUACUUUAUGUUAAAUUUCAUUUGUUAUAUCAAAUAUCAACUGUUGAUUGGUCAUAUUCCUUCAAAUUAUAUUUACGUCCAAUUAUUUUCUAUGUAUUUUGCUUAAGUAUAUGUUGAAAGGGCACUAAACAUGUUCCUUUUGCUUAGCACAAUUUUAUAGGAAUAUAUAGAGGUUAAGAUUCAGGGUGGCCCGAACUAAUAAUAAUAAAGGUAUUUACGGUAUUGAGUAUCAAUCAAAUAAUGUGCGUCACCCUGUAUAUGCUUUGUUGUUGCAUUUACGUGAAAUCGAUUUUUCUCAUAUGCAUUAGGCGAUCACUGUUUUUUUUGUAUACUUUAAAUAGUUAAAGGAAACAUUAAUUGCCACUUAGGUUAUUCUAUUUUUUUUUGUAAAUACGUGCUCAUUAUAAUUUACUAAAAAUAUUAUUAAAUAGUUGUCAUUUUGGAAUUUUGUAACAUAUAUUUAGCGUAUUUAAAAAUCUAUUUUAUACACUAUACACAAAUAUAGUAAUUUAUUUUUUCGCCAUACUUUUCUUAUGUUUGUUGGUAAAUAUUAAUAAAUAUUUGCCAAAUUGUGAGAAAGAAAAUCGUUGCUCAUAUGAUCUAUACCAAAUUCAUUUUAGUUGUCUAUAACUUUUAAGGGCAAGGAAACUACUAAUAAUUUGCUGCAAAUUAUUUUUGCAAAAUGUAACAGCGUUAUUUAAACCUUAUAAAAUUUACAAGAUUACAGUAAAAAAAUGGCGUCGCAAUAGCCUUUGAAUUGAAAAUUGAUGAUAAUUUUUUUUAUUUUUUCUGAAUCGCAUAUUAACUUUAUACGAUUUUUUAUGUCAGUUUUUAAUAAAUGACAUAUAGAGGUGUUAGAAAUUAAUAUCGAUGGCAAUUUCAGAGGCUACUAUAACGCCUUUUUUCGAUCACCAUUUUGCGUUUAAUCUAAGAUCUUAACAAUUAUAAUUUUUUUAAAGAGUUUACAUUUUGCAAUUUUCUCAUGUUUAAUAAAUUUUUUCAAUAUAAUAUUCAUACAAAAAAACAUGUUAGUUUUCAUAUCAUUAAAUCAUUAUUUCGCCAAAUCGCAUAUCCAAUCAAACAUUUCAUAAAUCUAGGAUUAAAAAAAUGUAUUCUAUUUAAUCAUGUUUAGCUUAAGCUUUAUGGAUAUUUUGACACAUAAUCAGGUAUGCCAGAAACCUGUAAAAAUUAAAAAAUAUAUAUUCGAAAAUGUGCUGAUUUGAUUGCUAAAAAAUUGUCCUUGAAAGUUUUCAAAAUUUGAAAAAUGAACUUGCUCUGAUAUUUAUAAUCUGUGUUUGUAUAUGACUGAAAUUAUAUAAAAAAUAUACCAUUAUAAAAUU